CCCCUUUAUUUGAAAGGGAAAUGAUGGAAUCCUUUUGCAAUAACAAGUAAUACCUUUUAAGGUGUUAGGUUUUAAGUACUCACCAGCAAUCUGUCUGGCUGCAUAAUUUAUCAUGGGCUUCAAUACCCAAGAGCAAGGAAGAUGACUUUUCUAUCAGUAUUACGACACGUGAGGUAACAGUCCUUUCCCUUUUGUAGCUUCCUCUGAAGGCUAAUUCUUCAGUUUCAUGCUGAAUGUAUACUCUUAGUGCACUGCAAGGGGGAACCUGGAAUGGAUAUUCAUCUCUCCGCAGACACUAAGUGUGUAGAGUUUCAAUGUGCAACAAUUGGGCAUCUUAGUAAGAGGCUCCACUGCUUAGGAACUUUAAUUUAAACCUCAAUAAAAAUCAACAAAUGUGAUCAAUACUUGGUCUAUGAAUGUAUUGUUUCUUUGAUACUUAUAUUACUAAAUAAAAACCUGGAAUAAAAGAAAGUUGUACUCAUUUAGGAAAGUUGUCUUAUGAUAUUUCAGUUAAUGUGUAAGCAAGCAGUUAAUCCUCUGGUAUUUUAAGCACUCGAGUGUUUUGUUGAAUAUAAGCAGAAUGAAAUAAGUUAGAUACAAACUUGGUCUGGCUUCUCAGGAAGGAGGAUUUUUUGUUGCUUCAUUGGUAAAAUUGUUAGGACUAACUGUCAAAAUUUAUCCAUUUGCUUCAUACUUAUCAAUGCCCUUUAUGUUUUGAUGAUCUUUCCAAAAGAGCACCUGCUUGUCUUACCUUGAAGGUUUUUACUCUUUAUGACAAUAUCUACAACUCAAAUGAAGUAGUGCCUUCCUAAAAGUAGGAGGAAAGAGAAACUGUCAUAGCUCUGGGCAGUGGCCAGCAUCUGCCAAAAUCUGGAUCUUGAAGCAGUUUCCAAGUGUUCAGAAUUCCUGUUUGGAUUGAUUAUAGGCUGCACUCACCGACUACAAAUCUAGGUGUGUUUGUUUUGACAUCCUGGUAUAGAGGGCUAGGUCAUGCACCAUCUAAAUCUGAACCAUUUCCUUGUCCCUAUCCUAGAGACGGUUGCUUUUUCUGAACUUCUAAAUAUGCUUCACUUUUUUAGCCACUUUUUAGCAACGUCUGCCUUUCUCUUGCCUUUUUGUCUCCUAUAGCUAAACCUCAGUUGGAGGUUUAAGCUUAUUUUUGUGCAGAGCAAUGUCUUAGCAGCAUCAGUUUACAAAAAACCAACAAAGCAACCUGACUUAAAGCUGUCAUCAUGUUUCCCAUGCUAACUUUGUGAAGUCAUUACAGAAAAUCGAGUGCUGUAACAUUGAUAGUCAGAGUUCUUCUGCAGGAUCCUAACUCCAGUGUGAGAAGUUCGAACUGAUGAAUCAUGUGUUCCCUCAGUUAGGGGUUACAUUCUUGGUUUUGACCUUGAGAUUGGCCUCCUUCAGAUGUAACUCCGGUCUUUUGUCAAGGAGCAUCACGGCCCCUGUUUGUGUAAAUUCUUGCCCCCAGAAAAGUGUUUCUUGUAUACUUGACUCCUGGAACUGGGUGAACUGUGCAUACUCUGUUUUCAAGAAGUGUUUGGACAAUGCUUUUGGAUAUAUGGUUUAACUUCUGGGUUGCCCUGUGCAGAGUCAAGAGUUGGACCAGAUCCCCAUCGGUCCCUUCCAGGUGAGGAGAGUGAUCCUGUGACUCUCACUUUACACCAACUCUUCUAGACUUCUGAGUAGGUUCCUUGCAGGCAUUUGCAAUACUUUCACUGUUGAGAUAAAGCAUAAAAUAAUACUGUUUAAAAACAACCUGUGAAAAGCUGCUCACCAUUUUACAUUAGUGUUAUUUGGACUUACAGCUUCUGGGGUGUUUGGAAUCUUUUCUUGUAGCUCAUGGCUUCUUUGUAAUGCCCGUUUUCUUCUGUUGCAGUUUAUCUUGUUUUAUUGAUCGCUGCCUCAUCCUACAGUGAAGCUGUUUCUCUUCCCAGGUUUUGCUGGCUUGCCUUUUCCAUCCAUCUCUUGAUGCCAGUGCAGCUUUUGUGGCUCCAUAAAUCCGUUCCUUUCUGUCGAUACCUUAGCUUUGGCUGCAGUGAAGUGUAAGAGUGGAAUGGAGCUGAAGAAGGAAUAAUUGCACUUGCACUUUCUGCUGCCAUUCAUUUCCUCUUCUAGUUGGAGGGAAAAAAAAAAAGAAAAUUCAUGUUCUCCUCUGCAGAGAUCUGAAUAGCAGGAAUGCAGCUGGCCAGCUUUUGUCAGCCUCUCUCCCAAGGAGCAGCCAAGUGAAAUGGACAGAUACGAAUUGUGUGCUCUAAAAAUCAGCUCUGCUUAUUAUGUAGUUGGAAGAUAUGAGAAAUGAGUGUUGGACGCAGAAGACUAAAGCUGCUGGGAAUUCUGAUGAUGGUAAACAUUUUUAUUUAUGUGAUAGUGGAAGUCUCAAAAAGCGGCAGCCAAGAGAAGAAUGCAAAAGGCCGUGUUAUUAUACCACAGAGCAAAUUCUGGAGAAAAUAUACUCCUCACAAAGCUUAUUGGAACAAACAGCAACAGAAGCUUGAACUGCUGUACAACCCUAUUCUGACCUUGCUUUCCAAUAUGACUGUGGAAGAGAACUUGGCUUUGAACUCGAGCUUCCUCAGUUCCUGUGACCCUGAUCCGUGGGUACCUUCAGAGGUUAAUGACUUUGCAGACUUGCCAGACAGAUUCAAAGACUUCCUACUUUAUUUGAGAUGUAGAAAUUAUUCUUUGUUAAUGGAUCAGCCAAACAAGUGCAAACAUAAACCUUUUCUGCUGCUGGCUAUAAAGUCACUUACACCCCAUUUUGAUCGAAGGCAAGCAAUCAGGGAAUCCUGGGGCAAGGAAAUAGAAUCGGGGGAUGUGACAGUCAAAAGGGUCUUCUUACUUGGACAGACCCCACCGGAGGAUCAUUUUCCUAAUCUUUCAGGCAUGCUAAAAUUUGAGAGCGAAACCUACCAAGACAUUCUCCUCUGGAACUACAGAGACACUUUCUUCAAUUUAACUCUGAAAGAGGUGCUGUUUCUGAAGUGGGUCAGCAGCAGUUGCGCAGAUGUCCAGUUUAUCUUUAAGGGUGAUGACGACGUUUUUGUGAAUACCCAUCAGAUCCUGGAUUACUUGAAGAGCUUAUCAAAGGACAAAGCCAAAGACUUAUUUAUAGGUGAUGUGAUCAAAGAUGCUGGACCUCAUAGAGAAAAAAAAUUGAAGUACUACAUCCCAGAAAGUGUUUAUGAGGGUUCGUAUCCUCCAUAUGCGGGAGGCGGUGGGUUUCUGUACUCUGGUGACCUGGCAUUAAGACUGAAUAAUGCAUCUGACCAGGUACUCCUUUACCCUAUUGAUGAUGUUUAUACUGGAAUGUGCCUUCAGAAGCUUGGGCUUGCUCCGGAAAAACACAAAGGUUUCAAAACAUUUGAUAUCGAAGAGAAAUACAGAAAUAACAUAUGCUCCUACACAAACUUGAUGUUAGUACAUAGUAGAAAACCUCAAGAAAUGAUUAAGAUUUGGACACGCUUGCAAGAUCCACACUUAAAUUGUUAAAGUGGUGUGCAUAAGUGUCUUAAGUCCAAAUAACUUUCCAAGUUUGGGUCUGACUUCCUCGGUGGACCAUUGAAGCUCUGUUUAAUAGUUUAAUUUCCUCUGGAGACUUUCCUGUGCUCUUGAAAAUGAGAAUAAUACUAAAAUUUGGGGGGAUGGCUUGAAGACUUGGUCCUGACUUUUCCACUGUCCUGGUGGUCAUUAUGUUUCAAUACUUGUCUUAAUUUUAAAAAGCUUCAAUGAUGUGACUAGCUGUCAGUGACGGGUUUAGCUGUAUUGGAAACAGGGAUUGCCUACUACAAUGCAUCUUUAUUAAUUGUGAUGGUGGAAGGUAAUUUUUCCUUGAGUAGUGUUUGUGUGUGGGUGUGUGGAAACAACUGUAAAUUGAGAAUUCACAAAUCGGAGGAAUGUAGUUUUACUUCAAGUAUGAAACACUCUUAAGACUUUAACUAUUGGGGUUUUUUUUUAAUUUAUAGUUUUCAGUCUUUUUGCACCUCAGAACAGUAUUUUUUCCUUUACAGUUUUUUUUUGUGCGAAGUGUGACUGUGUCUGAAGGAAUUACCCUUUUAUUAGAUUAUGCUUUUUUAGUUAAAAAAACCAAAAACCAACCACAACAUAGUACUGUUUGAAGCACCCAAUAAAAAAGUGAAAUACCUAAGGAGAAGGAAGAGCAGAUUUUGUUUGAAGCCAAGCAGUAGGUACGGUUAGCUCUGAGCCCUGCCUCAGGCUUAUGUGAGGUAAAGCUGACUUGUUGCUCAUGUUAUUUAUGUGAAAAGCUACUCUGGUCAGUCCUGGUUCUCUGUUUUGGCACUAAAUGUGAUCAGGUAGCUUGAUUUGACACAAAUAACUGAAAUUGCACAUUGCUUACGAGAGCAUGGUUUGGAUCUCCUAUAAAGCAGUAGCAAAUCUAGAGUUGCGCAGAUCCUAAGAGUUUCAACUUUUGAAACAAACUUUGAAGUUGCAUGAUGUCUCAUGUAGUUACACAUGUUCUCAAAACUUGGAUUUUCUUCUAUAUUUCCACAUCUUGCUUAUAAGAGUUAUUCUAAAUAGUGGUUGCUUCCUUUGUAUAUGUAGAAGUGCCUGUCUAUUUAUUGUUCAGAUUGAAGACCAAAACAUUUUCUUAAAUAUAUUUUGUGUUACAUUUUAUUUGUAUAGUGUUGUCACUCAGAUAUUUAAAUAGAGCAUGAUAUUUUAAAUCUGUGAGAUGUGUAACGUCAAAUAAAGCUAAUUGUUAUUUUUGAAUUUGAAAAAUAAAAUGUGAUUUAAGUA